AUGGUUAUACAGGAGGACUUUGAGCAGUAUGCUGUCAAAGCCAAGAGUUUGCCAGCAAAUCAAACAAAUGAAAACUUGCUUAUCCUUUAUGGAUUGUACAAGCAGUCCACUGUUGGACCUGUUAACACCGACCGUCCUGGAAUUUUCAACAUGAGGGAUAGAGCUAAAUGGGAUGCAUGGAAGGCUGUUGAAGGGAAAUCCAAGGAUGAAGCAAUGUGUGAUUACGUCACUAAGGUGAAACAGCUGCUGGAAGAAGCUGGCUUGCCUGCUUGA